AUGACAGAUGCAAUCAACUAUACCUUUCCCUCCCCUCUGCAGGGCUACGAGAACCUCGAGCCUCUGACCGAAGAGAAAGCAGCCGAUGGAAAAUCCUUACUCAACCCGCCAAGCGACACAAAAUCCUCUGCAUAUUCCUCAUUCCCCGACCCACUGGAAAACGGGCGUCGCGCGGGCUUUGAUGUACAUAUAUACUACAUCCCAAACAAUGCCGGACAAACCAAGUUCGCAAAGGAGCUUCACGAGCGGAUUCGUCGAGAGUGGCUGGCUGAUCCGAAGGGGAAAAGCAAAGUCCCUGAACUGCGCAUCUACCGCUUCUGGGACAGACCCGUCGGGCCGCACCCAGUCCCCAUGUUUGAAGUAAAUCUGCUGAGUCCGGCAGAGUUUGGGGCCUUUGUGCCGUGGUUGGUGAUUAACAGAGGGCCGCUGAGUGCUUUGGUUCAUCCGAAUACCGUCAAUGAAGGCGAGGAGUUGAGGAAUCAUUCGCAACGGGCGAUGUGGUUGGGGGAGAGAAUUCCGCUGGAUUUGGAGUUGUUGAGGGGGUUAUAA